AUGGCGUCUCUGGCGAUGACCGUGGUGGAAGAAACAGCGAAGAAGCUGAGUCUUCACCAAGCUAUAUCGGGGAUCUUUGGAAGCAUCAGCAUGGCAGCAUGGAUAUGCGUUAUUCUGCCCCAGAUGAUUGUCAAUUACCGAGCAAAGAGCGCCGACGGGCUGAGCAUAACGUUCCUGGCCGUAUGGAUGCUGGGCGAUGCUACAAACUUGAUAGGCGGACUCUUGACCAACCUGGCGCCAACAGCAGUGGCAUUGGCCAUGUACUUUUGCGUCGCUGACUUCCUCCUCAUCUCGCAGUGCUUAUACUACAACGCGGUCAAUGCCCGCCGAGCUGCCCAGGCGGCCGAAGAGAACGAAGAAGCGCCUCUCCUUGGCGAGCGACACCAUCGCCGCUCGGUAUCGAGCGAGGAUGGCACCAAGAUUGGGCCUGCCGGUGACGAGCUGCUGGAGCGCUCUUCGUGGAUGUCCAACACGGCCAGCCUGAUUGGCGUGUACGUCGCUGGCUUUAUCGGGUGGUAUCUCUCUUACAAGGCUGGCGCAUACAGGGAGGCGGAUCCGGUUGUUUUCAACGCCGCUAUGCAGGCAUCUCCGGACCUGCUCGAGAAGAUUGGAAUUAUUUUGGGAUACUUUAGCGCAGUCUGCUACCUCUGUGCUCGAGUUCCUCAAAUCAUCAAAAACUACCGAGAAAAGUCAUGCGAAGGCCUUUCUAUCCUAUUCUUCAUGCUCUCCCUUACUGGAAACCUGACAUACGCAGUCAGCAUCGUGGCUUACUCUCAAGAGAAGAAGUACAUCAUCAACACGAUUCCUUGGCUCAUUGGAUCGCUGGGUACUGUGGUCGAAGACGGCACUAUUUUUGUGCAGUUUAGGCUAUACGCCAACAAUAGGCGAAGCACACAAGCAUAG